UGGAAACAAUCGAAAAGUGAUUGUAAAGGGUGGUAUUGGACGGCCAAUCUUCAUUGCAUUGUAUGAGGAGAAGAUGUACGUGUCAUCUGAAUGGGGAGACAAAAAAGAAGGAAGAGUGUUCGUCGCUAACCGUCUAGACGGGACACAUUUGAUGAUGAUUACUACCAACGUGGAGUCUGUGCAAGGUCUCACAGUGUAUCAAAAACAACAGCAACAACAUGCACAGAAUUACUGCGAUACGGCGGGAUGCAGCCACUACUGCGUUACAAGCUUCGUGUCAGACUACACAUGUCUCUGUCCUCCUGACUCUGAAUUGUUGAACGACAAAAAAACGUGUUCAGUUGGCAUUUCGAGAUGUACCGACAGCUACUGUAAUAACAACGGCCAAUGCAUCGAGGAAGGCAACACGAGGAGAUGCUUAUGUGACAGCAGCCAUACUGGGUCUCAGUGUACUGAAAUUGUACGCGAGAUGUUGCCUUGUCCUGCCAGACGAUGCCAGAAUCGUGGGCAAUGCUACAUAGCAGCAGAUGGUCAAUACUGCGUGUGUGAGAGUGACUUUACUGGUCCACAAUGUGGAAUUGAUAUUGUGAUAACACAGCCGCCUGUUGUGACAACACAGCCGCCUGUUGUGACAACACAGCCGCCUGUUGUGACAACACAGCCGCCUGUUGUGACAACACAGCCGCCUGUUGUGACAACACAGCCGCCUGUUGUGACAACACAGCCGCCUGUUGUGACAACACAGCCGCCUGUUGAGACUAAAGGGAGUAGCAGCAAUUCAGUAGCUGUUGCUGUGGGAGGUGCCGUUGGUGGUCUUGUUGUCAUAGCGAUUAUUAUUGUUGUCGUCAUUCUUCUAGUACGAAAUUUGAAAGAAAAGGGUUCUGUCAACUUUGAUAACCCUGUGUAUUAUGGUGAUGGCAACUCGACAAAUUCGCAUCCAAAGAAGGGAGUUGAAGAGACUAAUCACAAAGUCGAUGAUAAUGUUGGUUCUACUUCCGUUUGAUGACGGGCUAGGAGAUAGCAGUGUGUCAGUUCAGAAGUUGCCAAUGUUACACAACCUUGUUGGCGUUGUCUCACAUCGUCACCAGAACUGACAAUAAAUUGUUAUGUUAAAUAGUUUGUAUGUUUUGGUUCCAUAGAUUUUCUUCGUUAGCUUCAUGUAAAGCGUAGUAAUUUAUGGUGAUAGUAAGUAAGACUGUACAUAGUAGGACGAGAUGAAAAGAGUUACUUUAUACGUUGAUAUGCCAUGUGUAUGUAAUAAAGUCGUUGAGCUGCACAA